AGAAAGGGGUCAUUUAUCGGGUGCCUGCUGUGUGCCAGGCGUGGCCCCACCGCGUUUAGGGACUCUUCAGGGCUCAUCCCGGCCGCCUGGUCUGCAGGGCCCUGGGCUCUGGCACUAAAGCUGUAAUCACUACGCGGGACGCCGGUCCCACUGGCUGCGCUUGCCUUUCUUCGGAGCAGGAAGGAGCGGUUCUAUCUCCCCGAGGCACAGCGGGGACAGGAGCCGGGGGAAUUCCCAAGGGGCUACACGGGGACGCAACUCUGUCCUUCCCCCAGGGACGCCUUCCCAACUGACCCACCCCAGCCCCCACCCUCCGGCUCAUCGUCCCUGGGACGCCCCCACCCGACCCGACGCCAGCAGAGCCUGAGGCGGUGGAGGCAAAGGGCACUGUCCCGACGAAGGUCGCAGGAGCCGGGCCCAGCCCCCUUCCCAGCUGUGACCGCUGGUCUGUGAGUGCGGGAGCUGGGCCCCUCCAGGAAGCUCCUGGGAAGUCGGGGUUGGGGUGGGGGCCAACUGGGACUGGCCCAUUGGAGGAGCGGAGGCCUGGGAGAAGCGUGGGAGAGCGACACAGAGAGACACAGCCAGCGACUGAGAGACACGCAGAGACAGGGAGAAACAGACGGAUCUUGAGAGUUCUGAUGAGAGAUACCCGCAGAGACAGUGAGGGAGACAUUCAUUCAUUCACUCACUCACUCAACGGGUACUUACUGGGCACCGACUGGGUCUCCGCAGUGCCCAUAGCAAAUGCAAAUCCCUGCUGCGUGGGGCUGAUGGUGGGGUGGAGACACAGACCAGAAACGCGUUAUAGGAGUAAAUCAUAUUGUCAGGAGAGAUGAAUGUGGGAGAGACGGGCAGGCGGAGCCAGGGGGCACACGAGCCAGAUCCUCCUUAUCUGGGGAGGGGGAGGUUCCUACCAGAAUCCAGCCAGCGCCCGCCCUUCCCCCUCUCUCCCCAAGCCGGGGGUGGGAGCCGGGAAAUGGGGAGGGGCCUGCACCCGCGAGCCGCCGGGACCUAUCCGCUAGGGGAGGGGACUGAGGCUACCGCCGUCCCCGCUGAAGACCUUCUAACCCUCGCUGCCGGAGUCCCUUCGGGUGCAGCCAGAGCGCAGUUGGAAGUCCCGCUGCUAGGCAAGCCGAGGCGAGGCGGGAGGUGCAGAGACUGUGUCUGUGUGAAGCCCCCAUCACAGCGAAUGUAACCCGUGUCUAGCCUUGGGUCGGGAGGCCCAUGGAGUCGGGGCUGCUGAGGCCAGCGCCAGUGAGCGAGGUCAUCGUCCUGCAUUACAACUACACCGGCAAGCUCCGCGGUGCGCGUUACCAGCCUGGAGCAGGGCUGCGCGCCGACGCCGUCGUGUGCCUGGCAGUGUGCGCACUCAUCGUGCUGGAGAACUUGGCGGUGCUGUUCGUGCUAGGGCGCCACCCGCGCUUCCAUGCGCCCAUGUUCCUGCUCCUGGGCAGCCUCACGUUGUCCGACCUGCUGGCCGGCGCGGCCUACGCAGCCAACAUCCUGCUGUCGGGACCGCUCACGCUGCGCCUGUCGCCAGCGCUCUGGUUCGCACGUGAGGGUGGCGUCUUCGUGGCGCUCUCCGCGUCGGUGCUGAGCCUCCUGGCCAUCGCGCUUGAGCGCCGACUCACCAUGGCGCGCCGGGGACCUGCACCGGCUGCCGGUCGGGGUCGCACGCUGGCGCUGGCAGCCGCCGCCUGGGGGGUAUCGCUGCUCCUCGGGCUACUGCCCGCGAUGGGCUGGAAUUGUCUGGGCCGUCUAGACACCUGCUCCACCGUCCUGCCGCUCUACGCCAAGGCCUACGUGCUUUUCUGCGUGCUGGCCUUCCUAGGCAUCCUGGCUGCCAUCUGUGCACUAUACGCGCGCAUCUACUGCCAGGUGCGCGCCAACGCGCAACGCCUUCGGGUCCGCCCUGCGGCUGGCGGGGGCUCCUCCACCCGCGCGCGUCGCACGCCUCGCUCACUGGCGCUGUUGCGCACGCUCAGCGUGGUGCUCCUGGCCUUCGUGGCGUGUUGGGGCCCCCUCUUCUUGCUGCUUUUGCUCGACGUGGCGUGCCCAGCGCGCGCCUGCCCCGUGCUCCUGCAGGCCGACCCCUUCCUGGGCCUGGCCAUGGCCAAUUCGCUUCUGAACCCCAUCAUCUACACGCUCACCAACCAUGACCUGCGCCACGCGCUCCUGCGCCUCUUCUGCUGCGGCCGUCGCCCCUGCGGCCGAGGCUCGGGCGCCUCCCUGCGGUCUGGGAGCGAGGCUGGGGCUUCGGACGGCCUGAACCGCUGGCUGCCACCCGGCCUGGACGGCAGCUCCAGCCGCUCCGAGCGCUCGUCGCCCCAGAGGGAUGGACUGGACACCAGCGGCUCCACGUGCGGCCCCGGCAUGCCCACAGCUGCCCGGAUCCUGGUACCCGCUGCGGUCGCGGACUGAUGUCCUUCCGAAGCCUGCCAUUGCCCUGCCUAAGAGCUUGCAGACUUUUCCUCUUUAGACCAAGGACUUUGUAGGAAAAGCAACGUAAGAUAGUGGAGGCCGGAAAAUAUGUUUUAUCGACUCUAAAACUCCAUGGCAGGGAAUAACAAAAAAAAAACUGUCUUUAUGGAACUGACCUUCUGGCAGGAAAACUGGCAGUAAUGAAGAGAUAAUGGAGAUAAAUCCAGUGACAAUACAGUGAUGUAAUGGUAGUUGGGGAUACUUUUGGACAGGUGAUGAUAGGUGAUGUGCGCUGAGAUGUCAUUGUCCUGGGAAUACGUGAAGGAGGAGCAUUUCAGGUUGAGGGAUCAGCAGGUGCAAAGGCCCUGAGGCUGGAGGGUGCCUGUGUGUUCUGUGAAAAGCAAGGAUCCUGGUGUGGCUGGAGUGGCAUUAGAGGGAGGAAACAAAGGCAGGGAAAUAAUGUGGCAGAUGGUGCAGGACCUUGUGGACCCAGGGGAGGACUUUGUUUUUGCCUUGAGUGAGGUGGGAGUCAUGGAGGGGUCCAGGCAGAGGAGGGAUUUGACCUGGUUCAGAUAUUCACAGAUCGUGGUGGGGGAAGGAAGGUGGAAGUUAGAACAAGGUAAAGGGGACUGUACUGGCCCAGGGGGGUGAUGACGGGAACUCAAACCAUGUGGAUUCUAGGUAAAUUUUGAAGACAGCAGACAGAAUUACCAAGGAACCAAGUGUGGAAGAGAGAGAGAAGGAAAGAGGAAUCAAAGACAACUCUCCAGUUCAGAGGAGAGGAUGCCAAAAACAGGGCACCCUAAAAUUGGACUCUGGGAGACUCAGCCAAUUCCUAUCUGAAACAAGAUUUCUUUAUGGGGUCAGAUCUUUCAUAAAAAAUAAAAAGAAUAAAGUAAUAAGAACAAUUACCACUUAUUGUGCCUGGCUAGUCACCCCUGCAGUUGUUAAGCCCAAGUCAUUUUUCUCAUGCUCACUGCAACCUUGCAAGGUAGGUUUCCUCAGCACCGUUUAACAGAUGAAGACACUCCAAGCAGUGAGUACCUUGUCCCAGUGUGACUAAACCAGGCCUUCAGGCGCCCAGGCGGAAGGAGGUACAGACCUGGUGCCUUCCAGAGGGGGCUAGCAAGGCCAGACACUUCCUCCCUCAGGGGUCUGUAUUCUUGGCCGGGGAUUCUACCAGGGCCUGUCUGUGCCCAUAAAAGGCUCCAAGAGCGCUGGCCACAGCCCCCGACUAUCCCAGGCGCAUUCCUGACCCCUGUGCGGAGGGGUCGGCGUGGGGGAGGGGCGGGGGCUUCAAAUUCAGACUGCAGCGCGCCACCUGCUGGGAGGCUGGGAACUGCAGGCACCCGCAAGGAGCAGUGUGUUUUGGGGGCCACUGACCCAGCAGCCUGGGGUCCGGAGUCUCCGCGGACCACGCUCAGGCCGUCUCUGCAAGCCAACGCAGGGAAACCAUCCUAUUUCCUCGGACACACACUCAAGCCUGGGGUCACGGUCCCAGGACACUCCAAGGACCAGACCCAAUGCCCCACUGCCAUCUGGCACCCUUAACCCCAGAGUCCUUUAAUCUUCCAAGGGAAGGUGAAGUUCACUCCAUUGUUCCGGUGUUUGAUGGUGUGAUGGUAGAUUUAUUCACUUGUUCACACUUUACAAAAUUCAAAAAAACACCAGUUCUCCUUUUGUAUGUGAUCACUGAGGAGAUUCUUGGGAAAUUUCCAGAGUUAUUCUACAAAUAAAUGAGCUGAAAGCUAAACACA